AUGUUUAGCAAACUCUCCUCGGCAGCACUGCUGGCCCUCGGCUUGACAGCCCAGGCCACCCAGAUCUUCAGCAACACCGGCACAACCUCCGGCUGGGACGCCACCAACCAUGAGCACUCCGGCACCGUCCAACAGGUCACGAACGUAGUCUACGAAGGCCCAACCGCCCUGAAAAUGACCCAAGUCUACGACUCCAGCUAUACAGGCCGCUACCACUCGGAAGUCGUCAAAAAGAACGUAUACAAGCGGGGUGACACGGGCUUCUACGGCUUCACCUUCCGCCUCCAAGAAAAUUGGCAAUUUUCCCCCGCACAAUCAUACAACAUCGCCCAAUUCAUCGCCGACUUCAGCGAUACUGGUUGUGACGAUUACAUGCCCUCAAGCAUGGUGUGGCUUGUCGGUGACCAGCUCUACACGCGUGUCAAGCAGGGCAGUAUCUGCUCGCAGAAGACUGUGACUUUCCCAAGCCUGGCGACUGUGAGUGCGGGCGUCUGGCAUAAGAUCGUGAUCCAGGCUACAUGGAAGUCGGAUGGUACUGGCCAAUAUAAGUUGUGGUUGGAUGGAAAUAAGCUGUUGGAUAAGAGGGACAUUGCGACUACCAUUGAUGAUGAUCGGGCGUUCCAGUUCCGUGUCGGCCUUUAUGCUAAUGGCUGGCAUGAUGAUAAGGGAAUGAAGGGUACACAGGGUACUAGGCAGAUUUGGUAUGAUGAGAUUGCGGCUGGAACUGUGUUUGCCGAUGCGGAUCCUGAUCAAUGGUGA